GUGGUCUCGGCUAGGCCCGUUCCUGAAUUCUUGCUACCGCCGAUGGCAGCCUACCAAGCGCCGCCGGGCCAGGUCCCUGGCGUGGUGACGGUUCCGAGACCUUUCCCGCCUAUGGCCAAUGGUUACGACGGCGUGCCAGGGAUCUCUCCUCACGGCGCCAUGCCUCCUCCGGUGUAUUGAGUGAAUUUCGUGAGAAAGGUUGCAAGGCUUCAAAUAAUGGUUAGGGACUCACUUCUACGACUCCCUCAUUUUGGUAUGCACAAAUUCGCUUUUGUUCCUUUUUGCCUUAUUGUUUUCCGUUGCAUAUCUCCUCUGAAACUAAUUUGCUUACACACCGUGACCUAUCCGUGAACCUGUUAAAGUACCUUUACAGAAUGAAACUUCCUCCGUAUUUUAUCCUUGUUUUCGUCCAAUUAUGUUAUGUUACAUGGAAAUUUACUAUAGUUUUUAAGAACAUUUUCCCUCGACGGGUUAACCAACUGCCAGCAGCAAGCAUUGCUAGCAGUCUGUGCUCCUUGGUCUUGAUUUUGAGGUAUCACAAUUCUACAUUACAGUUUUUUUCUUAUGCAUUCUCAAUGUUUGUCUCUUUUGGACUCCUUCCUGGGAAGGACAUUGCAACCUGCUAACAGUUGAGACCAAGUUAUUGAUGAAAAAUAAUAGUUCACAUAGUUUUCAUGUGGGCAUGAGAUGCUGGCGUUUCUAUGUUAUCCGAUCUCAGAAUUCACCGUUUGGCUCUGAUGGUUUAAAAAGCUUGUAUCUUUGAAGUGCCCUCAUGAGGUAAGGAUAUUUAAUGUGAUCAUCAUCGCACUCCGAGGCCAUUGCUACCAUUUCAAUGUUGCUUCAGGUUAUCUCUUCAGCUGGUGGUAGUUGCACUGCUUCUGGUUUGUAUAUCUAUUUUUUUCUCUAAUUUGUGGUAAAAAUAUGUAACUACAUCUUCAGGUUCCGCUUUAUAACAUCCUUAAUGGACAGUUUUGCUGGGUAUUAGGAUAUAAAACAUUAACUGAUGAUUUUGCAUAGAAUGUUUUUUUUAUUUAUUUAUGCAGGAGUUCCUCGUUAUCCUUCUCCAUACGCAGCAAUGGUUCGUCCUGGCUUUCCUCUACGUCCACCUGGUGCUAUUGGCGCUGUUCCAGUAAUAUUUCGUCCUCCUGUCCCUGGUAUGCUUGGUGUUCGCCCAGUAAUACCUCCUGUGGUUAGACCGGCUGUUGUUCCUUCUGUAACACCAGCUGAGAAACCCCAGGCCACAAUUUACAUUGGCAAAAUAGCUACCGUGGAGAAUGAUUUUAUGCUGUCUAUUCUCCAGUUUUGUGGGCCAGUCAAACACUGGAUACGUGCUCAAGAUCCCACCACGGGGAAGCCUAAAGGUUUUGGGUUCUAUGAAUUUGAAUCAGCUGAAGGGGCUCUCCGUACCAUCCGGCUGUUGAGCAAACUCAAUAUAGAUGGGCAACAGCUUCUGGUAAAUGUUAAUCAAGCAACAAAGGAGUAUUUGCAGCGAUAUGUUGAGAAGAAAAGGGAGAAUGCAAAGAAAGCCAAGGAAAGUCAAGAUGUUGGAUCUGAAGAAAGUACAGCUGAAGGUUCUGAGAAAGAGCAAGAGAAAAUAGAGAGUAGCGAUAAGAGUGAAUCUGCUGGGCUCUCUUCAGAAGAGGCAAAAAAUGUUGGUGAGCCAAAGAGUACAGAGAACAUUGAUAUCGCCAAUUCUGCAGUUGUGACCGAUGAAGAGAGGGAAGCUGAUAGAGAGGCUAUGGAAAAGAUUAAAAAUGCAAUUGAAGAGAGGUUAAGAACCAAUCCGUUACCUCCCCCACCUCCACCACCAUCGGCCGACGGUUCAGGCAUGGAAUUUGCAGUGAAGUCAAAGAAGGGGGAUGAUGCUGAGGUUGCUUGGAAUGAAGCCACGGAUCACAAAAGUGAGGUAGAGACUUCAAGCGAACAGAAUAGACAUGGCACAAGUUCGCCUGAUUGGAGUAGGAAACAUGAUCGGAGAAGCAGGGAUAGAGAAAAAGAGCAAGAGACGGAUCGGCAUGAUAGAGAGGCUGAACGAGAGCGUUUAAGGAAAGAGAGAGAACAAAGGCGGAAAUUGGAGGAUGUUGAACGUGCAUAUCAAGCUCGUCUCAGGCAGUGGGAACGCAGAGAAAGAGAAAAGGAGAAGGAAUGGCAGUAUGAGAGGGAGAGGGAGAAAGAGAGAGAGCAUAAACGGAAGAAAGAGAUUCGUCACGAGGAAGAUGAGGAUGAUGAUGAGGAUGAUUCAAGAAGAAGAUGGCAUAGGAGUGGAGUAGAGGAUAGAAGACGGCGACGGGUGAGAGAGAAGGAAGAUGACUUAGCUGAUAGAUUGAAGGAAGAGGAGGAGGUUGCUGAGGCGAAGAGGAAGGCUGAGGAGGAGAGGCUGCAGCAACAACACCUAGAUGCCUUAAGGCUUAUAUCUGGACAGGGUGUUGUCGGAAGUGAAAAGAUUCAGACACCACCAGCUUUUGAAGAUGAAGACAAGGCAAAUUUCCAGACCAUCGGUGAAUCUGCCCAUGGUAACAAUUUAGAAGAUAUCUUCCAGAAUGGCUCUGGUGAUGAUACGGAAAUGGCUGUUGAUAAUGCAUCAGAGACACAGCAGGAUGGGAAUGCACCUUCAAAGAAGUUAGGGUUUGGUCUCGUCGGGUCUGGAAAGCGGACGACAGUUCCGUCUGUUUUCCACGAGGAUGAAGAUGAAGAUGGACAUAAGGACAAAAAGCUGAGGCCUCUGGUUCCUAUUGAUUACUCUGCCGAGGAACAACAAGCUAUGCAAAAUACCGGCUCAGGGGAUACACCUCCUCAUCUUGCUGCAGCUGCAGAAUUUGCAAAACGCCUUUCAAACAAUGCCAAUCCCAGAGAGGAGAGGUCAGAACCCGUAAGAGAAAGGAGCAGACGUUCCGAUAAGGGAGGGUAUCGGGAUAAAGACCGAGGUGAUGGAGAUACUGGAAACAUUAAAGAGACUGGAAAAUCCAAGACAACUGACACCAAGAAGCUUCUGGAUGCAAAACAACUGAUUGAUACAAUCCCGAAGACAAAGGAUGAGUUAUUUUCAUACGAGAUAAACUGGGCAAUAUACGACAAGCACCAAUUGCAAGAGAGAAUGAGGCCAUGGAUAUCGAAGAAAAUAACAGAGUUUUUAGGGGAGGAGGAAGCGACACUGGUGGAUUACAUAGUGACGAACACACAGGAACACGUGAAGGCGCCGCAGAUGCUUGAGCUGCUGAAAUCGAUAUUGGACGAAGAGGCUGAGAUGUUUGUUCUCAAGAUGUGGAGAAUGCUCAUCUUCGAGAUCAAGCGCGUCGAAGCUGGACUCCUCCCGGUAAAACCUAAAGCCUAGACCCUUUUUUUUUUGUGGUGAUGCUUUUCUUCAGUCUUUAGUUCUGGCUUGGAAUUGCCGGUGAUAGAAAAAAGGGAAAGAAAACAUCCCUUCUGAUUCUGUAGAAGAAAAUGUUGCAGCUCGAGUCUGAAGUAGUUCUCUUUAGUUCUAAGGAAGUGAGUUUCUAUAGCAUGUUUUGUCUUUUUAAGAGUCUUGUUGUUGUGCACUCAAAUACCAUACAUUUAGAUGAUCAUUAAGCAAAAGACAAUAUCUCUUAAUGGUUUUUAACUUUUGGUGAUUUCCAUAUA